AUGUCUCUCCUGAGGGUCCCACAGGAGCCCAGGGCUGACCCCCGGAGCCCAAGUCAGACACCUGUCAUCUUCAUCAGCAGAGGGCAUCGCAUCCUCCCCGUGGCCGCCCUCGCUGCCCAGGCUCUAGCUUCCCUUGGUACCCACAAACGGGCCAGCCAAGCCCAGAUGGCAGCAUCUCCCCAUCCCGUGUCCCUUGGCCCAACGCCACUUCCAGGAGACGACCACGAAGCCCAGCACCCACCCUGUUCUGGCCGCCCCCUGUCGUGGCCUCAAAGUCAGGCUUGCCCUUUUUGCACCCUGGCCCAGGAGACCUCCAGGAGAACCUCCAGCCAGGCUCCAGGGGAUGUUCCCACCCCUCCUCCCCAGUGCCAAGGCCACAUGGACAAGGAAGGUCUAUGCACACAGGGUUCCUCGUUCAGCUGGCUUCUCUGGAUGCUGAAUGAUGGGAUCUGUCUUGGGCUCACCCUGCGCCUGUGGGACAUGUAUUUGCUGGAAGGGGAACAGAUGUUGAUGCCGAUAACAAGCACUGCCUUUAAGGUUCAGAGGAGCCUCUAUGAAGAAACUAACAAGGAAGCAUGGGGACCUGCCACCCCCAGGGCCCUCAAGGGCACUGGAGGAGCCAAACCCAUUUGUGAGAGCCUCCGCUCCUCCCUGCAAGUACUGACAGCCUCAGAGAGCAGCAGAGGCCCCUCACUCCUGCCGAUUCCUCCAAGGGCGCCAGGACAACAAGCCUUGAGCCAGGGAGACAAGGGAAUCAGUGUCUCAUUAUCUCUACCAUCUCUACCAUCUGGGAGAGGGGGAUGUGGCAGGACAGUAGGGUAAUAGUGGGGAGAGGGUCAGCAGGAAAACAUGUGAACAAAUGUCUCUGUGUCAUAAACAAGGUUAAGGAAAAGAUGCUGUGCUUUGAUGUGCACAUACAUAAAUAUCCUCGUGCAUUAAAGAGCAGUAUUGCCUCCAGCAUGUCUCACCUCCAGCCCUAAGGCAGUUUUCUCCUGUCUCAGUAGAUGGAAUAUACAAUCCGGUUUUACACUGAGACAUUCCAUUGCCCAGGGAUGAGCAAGAGACAGAUGCCUUCCUCUUAUCUCAACUGCAAAGAGACCUUCCUCUUUUACUAAUCCUCCUCAGCACAGACCUUUUACAGGUGCCGGGCUAGGGGAGGGUUAGGUCUUUCCCUCCCACGAGGCCAUAUUUCAGACUGCCACAUGGGGAGAAACCUUGGACAAUUCCCGGCUUUCCUAGGCAGAGGUCCCUGCAGC